GUGCGGCGCGCGGUCUUUCGUGCUAUUGUAGCCGCACGCGUACGAGAGCUGCGGUACAAGAUAGCUGCAGCCAUGAGCAAGACCAUCCUCGUCACUGGCGCCAACACUGGCAUCGGUUACGCGCUCUGCAAACUACUGGCCACCGAGCAUGGAUGCUCUGUGCUGUUGGGCUCGCGCACCAAAUCAAAGGGCGAGAAGGCCGUGGCCGACAUCAAGAAGCUGGCGCCGAACGCCUCGGUAGAAUUGGUCGAAAUCGACGUCUCGAGCGACGAAUCGGUCUCGGCCGCGGCCGCGGCGGUCAAAGCGAAGGGCGUGACGCUCUACGGCCUGGUUAACAACGCCGGCGUCGGUCUGAAUACAAACGGCGAUAUCAUAGAAACGAAUUUCAAGGGUCCGAUCCGCGUCUCCGAGGCGUUCCUGGAGCUCAUCGAAGACAAGGGCCGCAUCGUCAACGUGAGCUCGGGCGGCGCGUCGUCGUGGGUGCGCCAGCAGGACGAGGCUACCAAGAAGUUCUACUCGGACCCGGACAUCUCGAAGGAGGCGCUCGUCGCGGACGUCGCGAAGCAGGCCGCCGGCGCCGAGGGCGGCUGGCCCGGGACGUACGGGCUCUCGAAGGCCGGGCUGACGGCCUACACGCUCUAUCAGGCUAAAGCGUACCCGCACCUGACGUGCGUGUGAGCAGCCCAGUGUCUGUCGCGUCGAUGGCGUAAGUGUGCCGUCCAAACCCUCGAUACGCGCAGGUCGCUCUCUCCAGGCUUCAUCAUGACGAACAUGACGAAGGUAUCGCCUCGGCGUCCAUUUUUGUCUCCACGCGCCGUCGUUGCGAGCCCGAUUGAAGCCUGUCUCGUCCGCGAUACGCCAUCGACGCGACCCCUUUGCAUCGGCGCGACGGUAUGCCGCGCAGGGCUUCGGCGCGAAACUCACUCCGGAGCAGGGAUGCGUGUCGUCGUUGCACGCGCUCUUCGGCGACGUCACAUCGGGCUGGUACUACGGCUCGGACGCGAAGCGGUCGCCGCUGACGUGCUGCCGCGACCCGGGCACGCCCGAAUACGAGGGCGAGGAGAACCCGGACCCGACGCGAUACAACAACUAGUAAGUUUUUGUUGUUUAU